AUGUAUAUCCCUAAUAUUUAUGGAUUAUUUCUUUUACUCACAGCUGUAAUUUUGGCAGUAAUUGCGCUACUUAAUCCAUCAUGGCAAGUAGUGGAUAUUCGAGAAUUCCAAGCAGAACAUCAUGUACACGGUCUUUACACAGACUGUACUCGGGCAGAAAGAAAUCCUUCUCCCAGUAGAAGACUUGAAAGUUUUGUUGAAAAAUCUCCGCUUCAUUGCACUUAUAAAUUUGACCAACAUGCUUUGGAUAAUGUUGAAGCACAAAUACACGAUAUAGACUCUAAUGCUGCAGCUGCUGAAGCUGAACAUCAUCAAUUUUAUGGUUAA